CCAAGUCCUCUCUUCUCAAACUCUGAGCCCAAGGGUACCCCGGCCACAUCUCCUCCAAACACACAGAGGACUCCAGGUCUCUUCCUGCGUACCCCAAACUCUUAGCCCUACUGGGGUGCUCAGACCUCUCAGGAAAACCAGUUUCCCUUUUGCCAGCCCCCCAGCGGGGACUCCAAAGCAGCCUCUCGGAGCUGCAGGGAGCUUCAGCGGACACCAGUUCUCAUUCCUCUGGAGUUCUUGGGGGGGACCCCCUCCUAGGAACCCAGAUUCUAUCUCUAAGCCUCGGGGUGGGGGCCUUGCUUUCCUCGGGGCCCCGUCUUCUUUGCCAAGUUCUUGAGGGUAACCUAGACCCUCCUCUGAACCCCAGAGGCUUCCCCAGCCCCGGGGAUCUUUUUUUCUGUUCUGAACCCCAGAAGCAAUCUCGACUUGCCCAUUUGAGGGUCCAGAGAGGACUCCCUCUUUCAUACCCAGGGGAAACUGAGUCCCUCACCCCCUUCAAGACCCCAGGCCGCUCCUCGCUGCCGCCCCUCCAGGCCCCUCGUCGGCUCUGCCUCCUCCCUCUUCUCCACCCCACCGGCCGUAAGAUGAUGAUGUGGUCCAACUUCUUCCUGCAAGAGGAGAACCGGCGGCGGCGGGCGCACGGGCGGGGCAGAUCGGGGCUGACGCCUGAGCGCGAGGGGAAGGUGAAGCUGGCGCUGCUGCUGGCCGCCGUGGGCGCCACGCUGGCGGUGCUGUCCGUGGGCACCGAGUUCUGGGUGGAGCUCAACACCUACAAGGCCAACGGCAGCGCCGUGUGCGAAGCGGCCCACCUGGGGCUGUGGAAGGUGUGCACCAAGCGGCUGUGGCAGGCGGACGUGCCCGCGGACAGGGACACCUGCGGCCCGGCUGAGCUGCCCGGAGAAGCAAACUGUACCUAUUUUAAAUUCUUCACCACAGGGGAGAAUGCACGCAUCUUUCAGAGAACCACAAAGAAAGACGUGAAUCUGGCAGCUGCAGUGAUAGCAGUGCUGGGCCUGGUAGUCAUGGCCUUGGGGUGCCUCUGUAUCAUCAUGGUGCUCACUAAAGGUGCAGAGUUCCUGCUCCGAGUUGGAGCUGUCUGCUUUGGCCUCUCAGGUGAGGGUUCAGAGCCUGGAGGUUGA